AUGUUUCUUAAUCAAACUACUUACUCAGUUGGUGCUAGCCCAAGAUCAGUAGUAGUCGUCGAUGUGAAUAGCGACAAUAAACCCGAUAUUGUUGUUGCAAAUUAUGCUGCGAACACCGUUGGCGUUCUUCUCAACACAGGCAAUGGUACCUUUAAGACUCAAACUGCUUACACAGUUGGUACUCAACCACUUUCAGUAGCAGUCGUCGAUGUGAAUGGCGACAAUAAAUCGGAUAUUGUUGUUGUAAACGUGGGUUCGAACACCGUUGGCGUUCUUCUCAACACAGGCACCGGCACCGGCACCUUUAAUACUCAAAUUACUUACACAGUUAGCGGUACACCUCAAGCAGUAGCAGUCGUCGAUGUGAAUAGCGACAAUAAACCAGAUAUUGUUGUUACAAGUGCUACUCCGAACAUCGUCAGUGUUCUUUUCAACACAGGCACCGGCACCUUUAAUACUCAAACUACUUACGCAAUUGGUAAUCAUCCGAUAAUCUUAGCAGUUGUCGAUGUGAAUAGCGACAAUAAACCAGAUAUUGUUGUUGUGAACUAUGACGAUGACACCGUUGGCGUUCUUCUCAACACAGGCACCGGCACCUUUAAUACUCAAAUUACUUACGCAGUUGGCGAUGGCCCUACAGGAGUAGCAGUCGUCGAUGUGAAUAGCGACUAUAAACCAGAUAUUGUUGUUCCAAACAGUGACUCGGACACCGUCAGUGUUCUUCUCAACACAGGCACCGGCACCUUUAAUACUCAAACUACUUACCCAGUUAUUAGCAGCCCAUAUUCAGUAGCAGUCGUCGAUAUGAAUAGCGACAAUAAACCCGAUAUUGUUGCUGCAAAAUUUGACAGAAACGCCGUCGGUGUUCUUCUCAACACAGGCAAUGGCACAUUUAAUGCUCAAACUACUUAUGCAGUUGGUACUUAUCCAAUUUCAGUAGCAGUCACCGAUGUGAAUGGCGAUAAUAAACCCGAUAUUAUUGUUGCCAACUAUGGUUCGAACACUACCAGUGUUCUCUUACACUGUUAA